GUACCACAGAGACAGACCCAUGACUCAGCAUAUUUUCGUUUAUUGAUGCGGCGACGUUUGAUUUGUUUUCCACACGGAUAUCCCUGCAAGGCUGCAACAACCCAAGCGGCCACUCUGUAAUCAUAAAUCACACACAGUGCAGAACCAUAACCAUUCUAAAAUCGAACCCACCGACGAUUCUCACUUGCCAAGAACUUUUCUACUGAACGAACAAAGAAACAAACAUGAUACAGCUCUUGUACACGGUAAUCUUUUCGGAAAUGGCGUUGAUCAUGACUCUGCUGUUCAAGACGCCUUUGAGAAAGCUGGUGAUAAUGGGCCUGGAUCGGGUCAAGCGAGGGCGGGGCCCCGUAACGGUGAAGACGGUGGGUGCUACUAUAUUCGUUGUGCUCAUAUCCAGCGUUUAUAGCAUGGUCAAGAUCCAGCAACGCACGCUUGAGGCUGGUGCCGUCAAUCCAACUGACCAGGUCCUCAUGUCCAAACACAUGCUCGAAGCUUCUCUUAUGGGAUUCUUGCUAUUCCUCGCACUGAUGAUAGAUAGAUUACACCAUUACAUUAGAGAACUUGGAUUACUCAGGAAAACCAUGGAAGCUGCAAAAAAGCAAAACAGGAGUUAUGAAGAAGGGAAAAAUGCAAAUGCAGAUGAGCUUAAAGGCUUGGAGAAUGAAAUUACUAAAUUGAAGACAAAGAUCAAGAAGUUGGAAUCUGAACACGAGACAAAAGGAAAGGAAUGCAAUGCCUCUAAAGCUGAAGCAGAGGCGCUAAAAAAGCAAUCUGAAGGAUUCCUUCUCGAGUAUGAUCGCUUGGUAGAAGAAAAUCAGAGUCUUCGUAGCCAGUUAGAGUCAAUUGAUCAAAGUGUGUCACAAUCAGAUGGCAAAAAGAAUAUGUGAGGAGCCAAAUUCGCAACAGUGAACUGUUAUUAUCUUGUUUUGUCUGUAUGAGAGUACUGUUGGAUGGGGCUUAUAAUCAGUUGUAGCUGAGUGGCUACAUGAUGCCUUAUGUAUUGAGAGAGUGAAUAUAGGGACUGCUUACCGCAAUCAAUAUAUAACUAAACUUGUUUGUCCUUUUAA